GAGAGGGGGAGUGCUAGUUUCUUGGCCCUGUCGGCAGGUGCUUUCUCAAAGGCCCCACAGUCCUCCAACUUCCUGGGGAGGCAGCAGCAGAACAAAGCCAGCAAGGCUCCUUUUCUCUUCAUUGUCCCGGCCACUGCUGCCCCUGUGCCCGCCUCCCGGCACCAUCCUGGGGGAGAGGACAAGAUGAAGUGGAAGGUGCUUGUUAUCGCGGCCGUCCUGCAGACACAGUUCCUAAUUACAGAGGCACAGAGCUUUGGCCUGCUGGACCCCAAACUCUGCUACCUGCUGGAUGGGAUCCUCUUCCUCUACGGCGUCAUUGUUACCGCCCUGUUUCUGAGAGCGAAGUUCGGCAGGAGCGCAGACGUCCCCGUCUACCAGCAGGGCCAGAACCAGCUCUAUAACGAGCUCAAUCUCGGACGAAGAGAGGAAUACGACAUUUUGGAUAAGAGACGGGGCCGGGACCCUGAGAUGGGAGGGAAACAGCAGAGAAGGAAUCCUCAGGAAGGCUUGUACAAUGCACUGCAGAAAGACAAGAUGGCAGAGGCCUACAGUGAGAUUGGGAUGAAAGGCGAGAACCAGCGGCGGAGAGGCAAAGGGCAUGAUGGCCUUUACCAGGGGCUCAGCACGGCCACCAAGGACACCUAUGACGCCCUCCACAUGCAGGCUCUGCCCCCUCGCUAACAGCACAGGGACUUCACCACUAACAGGCCAGACCAGCGGACGCCAGAUUGUUAAAGACACAGGAUAAACCAUUUGCAACCCAGAUCGCUCACAUUUCUCACCCACCAGAGAAUCUCUCUGCAUGACUAGGAUGCUUCAAGUCAUCACAUUUGGACAUAGCCAAUUCCAAACUGUAGGGCAGAGAAUAGUGUCCCAGAACUCUUUGAGGGAGCUCAUCUUCCAGGCUCAUGGCCGUCUAGCAGCCGGUUGUGAACACAGCACCUUUUCAGUUCUUUCUGGGGUGCUGGUGGCUGGAGGCCGGCCCCUGUCCCAGCAGCUCAGUGCUCUUGCACACUCCGUCUCACAGCUGAUAUGUUAAGUCUGUUUGCAUAGUCCCAGGGAACGCCCCAGUGUUAGCACUCGUCUUAACUGUUGCUCUGUCUGCUCUGUUGGUGUUUGCGUUGCUUCGCUCUUGCUGUAAACUUGGCUUCUGUUGUCAGCCUUCCACCCACUUCAAGGUAACUUGUAAUUGGGCCAAAGAGGCCGCUGUGUCUACUUGUGAAAGGUUCGGGUGGGGUGGGUGGGUAUGG